AUGUCGGUUCGUCGCUACGUUGGCAAAUUUCAAACAACAGGAAACGUUAACACAGAGACAAUGGGAAGACCUUCUGGAUGCGUAUCGUUUCAUCCUCAAGAAGAGUAUGUUAUCAUGGAAUGGGAUAAAAGAAUAUGUCGAUCGUAUGGGUAUAGCCAGAGAGGAAAGCGAGCAGUUGUCAAACGCCGCCGUUUGGCAUGGGGACCGCGUAUCACAGCUAUUCCUGUCAUUUCAAUAGAAGGGUUGCUUGACAUAGGAAUUUACGACGGAAAUGUAACUGGCGAAACGUUUCUUGAGUUUGUGAACACAACACUAGCACCUUGCCUGUUACCAUUUGAUGGUUUUAACCCUCGCUCAAUUGUUAUACUUGACAAUGCAGGUAUACAUCACACCCAACAAGUCAUUAACGCAAUCAACGCAACAGGAGCAAUGAUUAUCUAUCUACCACCAUAUUCUCCCGACCUAAUGCCUUGUGAAGAAUUAUUUGCACAGACAAAAUGGUACAUUAGAGAAAAUGACAUUGCCUGGCAAAGCUGUGAUGAGCCAGAGUUAAUGGUUUUUGACUCUUUUGUUCAAAUAACAGAUGAAGAUAUAAAACAUUACAUUGAACAUGCUGAAUACUUUUAAACGCAAUCAAGACGAACGCAAUCUGGAGAACAACGAAGCCAUUCGCUAUAAGGAAGCAAGUUCAUUUAGAAGUUUUUCUUUCUGGUCAGAAAACUGUUCGUGUGUUAAAACGCCAGAGUCUUCUAAGGCUUUCAGCUCUUUCAACUGCUCAAAAAUGGUGGAACGUAUUCGUAUCUAAAACAUGUUAAUAAUACAUUAGUGAACGUUUUAAGUUAUUGCUGUUUAAAUUAGUGUUUAAGAGACUACAGGUUUCGUACCUUUAUUCUAAACGUUAAAGUAUUUGUUGCAUAAAUUAGAAAAUCCAUAAUUCUGAUUAAUACCUUGCUCUCCAUCUGGUUUGAUGGAGCAGGGUUGGUACCCGCUGUGGUACUUGUGAACGCACUACUAGCGUUCGCAGUCGUUGCACUUUCUGCGACCCUAUCUGGCAUCUUUUUUCCAGUGAAGAAAGGUAAUCGCGGCGGCACGUCCUCACUGUUAUGUGUGCCGUUCAUCUUUACAAAAAUAAUGUGAAAUGUGUGUGACUAUACUAUUGUACGUUUUUAAUUCAGUGAAACUAUAACGAGCGUAUUCGUUGACAUAAUAAUGCUAAGCAAUUUGGAUUGCUGUUUUUGUUUUCUUACUGACCUUAUCGCAUGUCAACGUUCAAGUUAUAAUUUACAAUAUUUCUACUUAUGGGCCUCGGACACAGUUAACACUGACUUACGCCGUACCAGCAUUUUUGCCCAAAUCUUUAAUUUAAAUUCGGGCAUAUUGCAUCCUU